AUGGCAGUCGGCACUAAACUAACUCCUGAUGAUAGUGAUCUAUUUGACAAUCCUACACUUUAUUGCAGUACCAUUGGAGCCUUGCAAUACUUUAUUCUAUCCAGACCAGACAUUGCUUAUUCAGUCAACAAACUGAGCCGGUUUUUAAAGGCACCAACACAGCUACACUGGCAGGCCUGUAAGAGGCUUUUAAGAUAUAUUAAAGGAACUUCUAAUUAUGGAGUUCACUUCACUAAGAGCCAUCGGUUUCAGCUGGAGUGUUUCACUGAUGCUGACUGGGCCAGCAGCUUGCAUGACAGAAGAUCAACAAACGGCUACUGUGUGUUUCUUGGAUCCAACUUAAUUCAGUGGUAUUCUAGAAAACAGAGAGUUGUUGCUCUGUCAUCUACUGAAGCAGAGUAUCAAGCCCUUGUACAAGGAUCAAUUGAGAUUGUUUGGUUUUGCAGUCUGUUCACUGAGCUUGGACUAUAA